GGUGUGGUGACCAUGGUUUGUGAAUUUAGCAAACAGUAUAGGCUAUAAUGUAGGACGACACGGAGCGCGCCACGGAUUGGAAAUGUAGGCAAAACGCAGGAUUUAGCAUUAGAGACCUGAAAAGAAUCACAGAGGCUCCCCCCACUGGCGGUGGCUGGGAUCACUUUAUUGUUUUUGACUAGUGGAAGACACAUUCUUACUGGUUUAACAAAAAUAGAUGGCUAACCAAACUACUGGAGAACACAUGCUUGAAGUUGCUAGGUGAGGUUUUGAUUGGCUGAGGUUUGAGAAGCACGGCCUCACAAAUCAGACCACAUGGAGGUCAAAGGGCGCCUCAUCACAUCCAUGAGUGUGGGGGCUCCAGAUCAGGACAGCAAGCUGCAAGCUGAACGCAUCUCAGCACUGCAGGAGAGAAAGCAACUCCUGGAGGACCUCCUCAGCAGCCGAGUGGGAGAGCUGAGACAAGUGUGUCUGCUGGAGGCGGAGCUGACCGGGAAGGUCCCACAUGUUUUCUCUCUGGAGACAGGAGAGAGAGCUCCCGUUGUACAGCGCAGAGCUGGCCUGCCACAUAACAACACCAGGGGAGAGGAUGAGACAGGUCAGCGAAGGCAGAUGAAAACAAUCUUCAGUGGUGCUCUGUACAGGCACUCAGAGUCAGACAGGAAUGUCCCCAACAGCAGGAGGACCGUUCACCGGGGAUGCCACACAGAGGACACAGUGAUGUCAGAGAGCACUAGCUCCAUGUCAGAUUCAACAUCCCAUGACAACGAGGAGUCCUCUCCCAGUGUGGCAGCAGACCACCUCUCCAUGUCCCAGCCCCGUCUGUCCCUGGGCAGCCCAGACCACCAGGUCUGUAGGAAACUGUCCCCAGUGGAGAUAUACUAUGAAAUGAGGACGCGCCGUAACUCUGUGACCAGCUCCAUCAGCCCUAGUCAUUCUCUACCAAGGAGUACAUCUAAUGUUGAAGGCAGAAGUGUUCCUGCUACCCCCCUCAUCGCCCGGACUGCCCCAAUCAGUGUUCAUGUCAGAUCGGAUGGCACUGGUGGGAUUGCACUAAAGCAGUGGUCUGGCAGCCUGGAUGUACCUCAUAUGGUGCCCUUAACCCAGGAAGGCUCCUCCUCGGAGCGCAGAGGCUGCCCGUACAGCUCCCGUGCCCGGCGGAGCAACAGUUCUGAGGCCUUGCUUGACCGCUCCAGUCUCCCCGAGGACCCAGGCCCCAGGAACGGGAUGCCCGCCAAAGGAGGGCCUUACAAAAGCUCUGAGACCCUCACUGAUGGCAAGCUGAGGCACAUCCACCUGGGCAGUCCUGAGAGACACUUGGACGGCUCUGUGGAGCAGGGCAACAGGCUGUCCAUGGGUGGGAGAGGAGAAGCAGGGGGAGGGGGUUACAACGAGCUCCUAAUGGAUUACAUCUGGGGGAAGCAACAGAGGAUUCAAGUGCAACACCAGCUGUACCAAUCAACAGGUAGAAUCUGGCAGGACAUUUCCUCUCCUCGAUCGUCCACUGCUGCAGUGCCUCCUCAAGCCAACGGCUUCUCCCUAUCCCAGGUGCAUCUACCCAGUGCUGCCCCACCCUACAGCCCCAUGGUGAUCCGUGGCUCCCAGGCUGAGCCUCACAGAGUCAAAGUCACGCGGACCAAGUCCUGUGGACCCUUCAUCCCCCUGCAGCAUGACACCAUCCUGCUCUCUGCCUAUGAGUCUCCCCACCCUGCCCCAAGCUCCACUACCUCCUCCAUUCCCAACCUGCACCCCUACCAGACUGAUCUGUCCGGUCCCUCAUUCAAUCACAGGCCUCCCCAGUUCUCUCGCCCAACCCCGGAGGACUCGACAAGGAGUCUACAUAAAGCUCUGGCGCUGGAGGGUCUCAGAGACUGGUACCUGAGGAACGCCCUUGGCUACCCUACUACCACGUCAAAGGGGCAUGAUUCAGGGGUUUCCCGCCUCUCACACCCCCACCCUUUGGUGCACCAGGCUCAGUCUAUACAAGGUGAUCCACUCCAUAGGUCCCAGAUGUCUCAGUCAGCCAGCUUCCAUGGCCACCCACUGCAUGGAAGGUCAAUGGAGUUCUCACUGUAUCAAGAGCCCGUUCAUCCUCAGAUGCAAGACAUGACUCCGAAGGAGCCCAGCGCUGACCCUGGCACGUUGGUCUAAUGUAGCUGAAUCAUUUUUUAAACACAUACUUGCACAAACACACACACACACACACACACACACACACACACACACACACACACACACACACACACACACACACACACACACACACACACACACACACACACACACACACACACACACACACACACACACACACACACACACACACACACACACACACACACACAGAGAUCCAGACAAUGUAAAAUGAGCUGAUAUAAGGUGACCUCACAAGCUAAAAAAAACACAUUACAACCCCAGCAGAAAAAGACUGUAAAGCCGUUCUGAAUGCCCUGUUAUUCUGUAGCUACCGUAUACUGUAUUGUAUUCUAUCGUUGGUCAGACCCAAGCCACAUGUAACAAACAUCCUCCUUGUUUAACCUAACAAAUCUCCCAAGAUAUAAUUUUUUUACAGAAUAUAGUAUAUGUAUUCUAAAUAACUAUUUUGUAUCUUAUGAGGUAUAAAGAAUAGAUAUAGAACAGGUCAUUUAUUGCUCAUUAGUCUUGUGAUUUACAAACAUAUGUAAUGAACUCAUAUGAUCUAAAAAGUAUUUAGACACCAGUGAAUGUGUAAAUGUACAUGUUUGUAAAGAUGAAUAUAUUACAUCUGUCUUAUCUUUUCAUCUGUCCAUCAAACAUGCAUUGGCUUGCUAUUUCUCAUUUUUGUUAAAUGAAUGGGGACUUACAUUGCAAUAUCGUAGACUGAGGAACAGGAGCUGUGGCUUUGUGUUUAAAACAGAACCCUACCUUUUGUAAAAACGUUAGUGCUUUCUAAUAAUCUGCAAUGCUAACACUAAUCCUUUCAAAGCUUGGUCUUCAAUCAACAAAUGAAAGUAAUGCCUGUUGUUGCCAAAUUGAGUUGUUUCAUGCAAUCUAAUUUUUCUGCAUUUUUUGAGUCCAGCUGCUGAAAGUCAUAAUAGUAAAGUUCAGAGGGCUUUUACUGGUCUAGGACAGUCGUUUGAUGAACUUUCUAGUCAUUUUUAUUCAUUCAGUUGCGUAGCAUGUUUUCCUUCAGAGCACUUUAUGAAUGUCAAAAGCCUUAACCCCUCAAAAGCAAGUAGAACAGUGGGAUGGGACAUUUUCCCCAAGAGAGAACACUUGAAAACCAGAAAAUGGUUGACAGGGUAUCAAGUUUGAGCAAAUAAGAAAAUGUGUGGCCCAAUUGGACAUUCAAGAUCAACAAUAAACCACAUAUUUGGAUCUGUAUAUAUCAUGAUAAUAAGAAAGAUUUGACAAUAAAUUCCUUUUAAAAGGAUCUAACAAGAACAGGGCUAGGGAUGGCACUGCUGAAUGAUGGCAUGAGCAGGCCUUAUGUCAGAACUGUGCUAGUAGGAGAUUCCAUUUCCAAUGUAUCAUGUUGUCAUACGCUACUACUAGUAUUGGCACAAUGUUAUCAUACUGAUAAAAAUAUUUUAAGUCAUUAAUGCCACCACAAUUCAAGAACGACCCUUUUAUAAGCUUCCCAUGAUGUGCUACGUGACCAAAACUAUAUGGACACCUGCUAAUCGAACGUAUCAUUCCAAAAUCAUGGGCAUUAAUAUGGAGUUGGUCCCCCCUUUGUUGCUAUAACAGCCUCCACUCUUCUGGGAAGCCCUUCCAAUAGAUGUUGGAACAUUGCUACUGGGACUUUCUCCCAU